AUGUUCCGCUUCCUCCUCCUCGCGCUGUGCCUCGCGCUCGCCGCUGCCUUCACCGCGCCGGCGUCUGCGCUCCGCGGCUCGCGGAGCAGCAUCGUGAUGGACGGGUACAAGACUGGCACCUGGGGUGCGUACAAGGCACCCGACGGCCCGCAGAAGCCCGGUGCCAAAGGCAACCCGCUGUGGGGCUACACCGUUGGCUCGCGCGCGCCCGACGCCGCCAUCGCCUCGGGCACCACCAAGGGCGAGCAGGAGAAGUGGAACCUUGCGAACCUCUUCAAGAAGGCGCCGCCUCCGCCCAAGACCAAGGGCUCCCGCAUGAAGCGCCCCGGCACCAUCUGAGAGCGGAGGCCGGGCAGCCGCCGGCGCGAAAGCACGUCGCUUCGGGAUGCGUGCCGCCAAGCGUUGCCGUGGCUCCAGUGGCCAGAUCCAGCGCCCUCGGUGCUGACUCUCGCCCACCAGUGGACUAGGUCUACAUGCGGCUGGAUACCUGGUGCUCCUCUCCUCUCUCUUCCGGAGCGCCAGAGGUUCUCCUGCGGCCACUAGGCCCCCGCGUGAGCAGUCCGCAGUGUUGGAGGCGUGCCUCGCCCUAAUUUUUUCGUGUCUACAUUGUACACCGCAU